AUGUCCUUCUGUCAGAGUUACUUGUCGAGAAGGAUACCGGUUUUAUCAAAGUCAUACCGCUGUUCAGUGCAAACUCAGCUUCAAGCCCGAUUAGCGCGGAAUAUUUCCACAUCUUCGACAAGUCUACAACGUCCAAAUUUGAAGAGACACGCCCUAAAAUGCGCAAGGCAACGGUAUCUAAGUACGGAUCAGCCAUCUACAGGCCCUCCUGUAUCUUCUAAUGCGCCUGGAAUACUGCUUGAGAGUCCUUCACAAACUCAACGAAAUGAUGAAGAAUUCCCGACUCCGCCUUCACCUCCAACAACCGUUUCCCUUCACGCUGACGCCUUGCCGGUUUCCUGUCCAGGAUGCGGUGCAUACGCACAAACAAUUGAGCCAACUGAACCGGGUUAUUAUGGUCGAACCCGAAAGAAAGCAAAGAAGCUGUGGCAUAAGAGACAACAAGUGAUUGCUAAGGACAAGCAAACCGAAUUAACUCGAGAUGAAAAAGAUGUAGAUGGUGAGACCGGUGCGGGCGAAGAGCUUUCAGAACAUACCAUGGAUAAUUUAGUUGAUGAAAGUAACUUGACCGCCGCGACGGAAUACAUUCAGUCCACUGCAGAACACACCCAGAUAUGUGACCGCUGCCAUGACCUUUUACAUCAUAACAAGGGAAUAUCUGCUCCUUCUCCUUCUAUCGACUCUAUUGCGGCUUAUCUUGAGGAGUCCCCCCACAAAUCCAAUCGCGUUUAUCACAUAGUCGACGCAGCCGAUUUCCCCAUGUCUUUAAUCUCGAAUAUCUACGAAGCUUUAGAGCUCCAAGACCCGAGGUCGAAGAACCGCAGAGCAAGGACUGAGAAGUACAAGCACGGCAAGAAAUUGACAACAAUGAGCUUCGUGAUCACACGCGCAGACCUUUUGGCCGCCACCAAAGAACAGGUCGAUUCGCUCAUGAACCGGGUGCGAGAGAUCAUCUUGAAGGCUAUGAAGAUGCGACGGGGAGAUAUACGAUUGGGAAAUGUGCAUAUGAUAAGCGCUCAUCGCGGCUGGUGGACGACCCGAGUCAAAGAAGAAAUUCGUGAACAUGGCGGAGGUAUCUGGGUCGUCGGAAAGGCGAAUGUUGGGAAGAGUAGUUUCAUCGAGUCAUGCUUUCCGAAAGACUCGAAGAAUUUGGAAAAGAUUGCUGAACUUCUGGAGAGCCGAAAGCUGCAGAAUCAUUCGAAAAGCACUCCUGAUUCCGACUUUGACUCUUCUUCCCCUCCAUUACUGGAUCCUGAGGGUCUUCUUCCCCCUGCGCCUCGCGAGGAGCUCUGGCCAACACUUCCUGUCGUCUCAAGUCUUCCGGGGACAACAGUAGGCCCUAUCAGAAUCCCUUUUGGGCGCGGACGUGGAGAGGUGAUUGAUUUGCCCGGUCUCGAUCGCGGCACAUUGCAAGAAUUCAUGUUGGACGAACACAAAUCAGAGCUGAUAAUGACCAAACGUGUCAACCCGGCAGAGCAACUCAGCAUUCGCAGCAGCCAGUCUCUUCUAAUUGGAGGGGGAUUGAUCAGAAUAACUCCAAUAGUUCCCGAAAACUGCACCGUGCUAGCAGCAUGCUUUGUGCCCCUUGAAGCGCACGUAACGCGCACCGAGAAAGCAGUGGAAAUUGAAACAGGCGUGCGAAAAUACAACACAGGCGGCGGCGAUCGUGGCAAUAGCGUUAUCAAACCCGAGCUUCUAGACGACCACACAGUUAUACAACAUGCGGGCACGUUCACGCUCGAUACGGAUGUCACAUUAAGCCACUUGCCGAGUAUCAUCAAAAAGAAAUGGGACGAUCAGAACAUCAAACCAAAUCUAAACUCAUUGCCAUAUCGCGUGUACUCCACAGACAUACUAAUUGAGGGAUGCGGCUGGAUAGAACUUACAGCGCAAAUCCGCACGAAGAGACAGUACCAACAUCGUCAAACACCCGACUCUGAAAUUCCUCCUUAUGAAGAAGAAGGAGAAGGAAAAACAGAGGAAGAAGGCUUACCAAAAGUAGAAGUUUUCACACCCCUCGGCAAACACGUUGCCUCAAGACCGCCUCUAGAAACCUGGAAUUUCAUCCGUGACAAGCGCAAAGCUGACAAACGCAAAGGACGUUAUAUGUCUGGGUCUCAUCGUCCGAAGAGGAACAAUAUUAGCCAUAAGAAGAGGACGAUGCAUGGUGGGAAGGGUGCCUAA